AUCAGAGCUCAGACUAGUUUCAGUUAUAAGGAAGAGAAACUCACACAGUCACUGACACUGAGAGGAGAAAUGCCACACAAAGGAGUUCAGCUGGACCGAGAAAACUUCCCUUGUUCCAUCUGUUUGGAUCUACUGAAGGAUCCGGUGACUAUUCCCUGUGGACACAGCUACUGCAUGAACUGUAUUAAAACCCACUUUGAUGAGGAGGACUGGAAGGGAACCCACAGCUGCCCUCAGUGCAGGAAGACUUUCAUACUGAGGCCUGUCCUGGAAAAAAAUGUUAUUUUAGCAGCUUUAGUGGAGGAGCUGAAGAAGACUGGACUCCAAGCUGCUCCAGCUGAUCACUGCAAUACUGGACCUGAAGAUGUGGCCUGUGAUGUCUGCACUAGGAGGAAGCGAAAAGCCAUCAAGUCAUGUUUAUUCUGUUUAGUUUCUUAUUGUGAGAAACACCUCCAACAUCACUAUGAUUCACCUUCAUUAAAGAAACACAAGCUGGUGGCCCCCUCCAAGAAGCUCCAGGAGAACAUCUGCUCUCGUCAUGAUGAGGUGAUGAAGAUUUUCUGUCGUACUGAUCAGCAGAGUAUCUGUUAUCUCUGCACAGUGGAUGAACAUAAAGGCCAUGAAACAGUCCCAGCUGCAGCAGAAAGGACUGAGAAGCAGAAGGAGCUCGAGGUGAGACGACUAAACAUCCAGCAGAGAAUCCAGGAGCGAGAGAAAGAUGUGAAGCUGCUUCAACAGGAGGUGGAGGCCAUCAAUGGCUCUGCUGAUAAAGCAGUGGAGGACAGUGAGAAGAUGUUCACUGAGCUGAUCCGUCUCAUCCAGAAAAGAAGCUCUGAUGUGAAGCAGCAGGUCAGAUCCCAGCAGGAAACUGAAGUGAGUCGAGUCAAAGAGCUUCAGGAGAAGCUGGAGCAGGAGAUCGCUGAGCUGAAGAGGAAAGACGGCCAGCUGGAGCAGCUCUCACACACAGAGGAUCACACCCUUUUUCUACACAACUACCCCUCACUGUCAGCACUCAGUGAGUCUACACACUCAUCCAGCAUCAAUAUUCGUCCUCUGAGGUACUUUGAGGAUGUGACAGCAGCUGUGUCAAAGACCAGAGAUAAACUACAGGACAUUCUGAGAGAGGAAUGGACAAACAUCUCACUGACAGUCACUGAAGUGGAUGUUUUACUGUCACCACCAGAGCCAAAGACCAGAGCUGGAUUCUUAAAAUAUUCACAUGAAAUCACACUGGAUCCAAACACAGCACACAAAUAUCUGUUAUUAACCAAGAGCAACAGAAAAGUAAAAGUAAUGAAAGAACAACAAUCUUUCUCUGAUCAUCCAGAUAGAUUCACUGUAUGGUACCAGGUGUUGAGUAGAGAGAGUCUGACUGAACGUUGUUACUGGGAGGUGGAGUGGAGAGGUGUAGGCGUUCGUGUAGCAGUCACAUACAAGAAUAUCAGCAGAGCUAGUUGGGGUAAAGAACGUUUAUUUGGAAACAAUGACAAAUCUUGGGUAUUACAUUGUGACACUAACAGUUACACAUUUUUUCACAACAAAGUCCAAACUGUCCUCUCAGGUCCUCAGUCCUCCAGAGUAGGAGUGUACCUGGAUCACAGAGCAGGUAUUCUGUCUUUCUACAGCGUCUCUGAAACCAUGACUCUCCUCCACAGAGUCCAGACCACAUUCACUCAGCCGCUCUAUGCUGGAUUUCGGUUUUGGUUAGAUGGAGACACUGCAGAGUUGAUUAAAGCAAAAUAGAGAAGACAGGUUCAUGUUGAUCCCUGACCAUUAUAUGUACUUUUGUAGUUUCUAAAUGAGGCUUUACAUUUUAGAAGCUGAGAAGUUCAGUGGUCCAUUGAUGUGUGAAAAUAAUAUUGCACUGAUUCAAACUGUACUUACAUUUAUAUACCUUACAUCAAUAUAAAUCUGAAUUUGUUCUUAUGGCUGAUAAUCAUGUGAGUUUAAAUGAUACUACUCUUCAUAUUCAGCAUGUUUGAAAUCUUUCAUCAGUCUGGUUAGUGGUUUUAUUCUGUAGUUGCUGUAGUGGGUUGUCAAAUGCAACAAUAUAUUGGAGCUGCAGUGAUUCAUCAGUUUGUCAAUAUUUAGAGAAUUGAUUGUUUUAUAAUGAUUUUAGUCACAUUUAAAGCUGGUUCCAGUUUCUGAAAUGUGAAGAUUGUUGAUUUCCUUGAUCAUAUCUGACGGUAAACAUAAUGUCUUUGAGGUUUUAAAUGUUCAAAUGUAGUAAGAUUUGAAUCCUUGAGGUUUUUGAUAUUGCAUUAUUAUUGUGUCUAGAGUGAUGUCAUUUAAUGUCAUUUUUAGGGAUGUAAAGUUUGAUCACACUCGAUCAUUUAUACAUUGAAAUAUAAACACUAAAUGAUACAGGCCUGUAUAUUGUGGAGGAUAGGCAUCUUUCAUUGCCCUGAGCUGUGUCUGGCAGGCAGAGCGUCUCCACACCACAAAUCUGAUGUUUCUGAUUUGAAGAAAAUGAGCUGAGGGAGACACCUGGUGGACAAACACAGACAUGACAGGAAGAAAGACUAAAAUGCAGAGGCAACAAACAGCUGGAAAUACUUGUUGGAAAGGAUCUCAUCCUUCAGUAAAACACACAGCACACACUCUAACAGUCCUUUAUUUGCACUGAAGGAAACACGUGAAGAAACCAAAUCACACAAUAAUGAAGUGAACACAUUUAUAGCCAGUGUUCAAGAUGAUGGAUAGAAAUGAAAAUCAUGGAGCAUUUAUGCAUUUUUAGGUCUGUGACUUACAGCAGAAGCAGCAUUUACAUGAAUUCACCAACUGUUUAUUUCUUUGUUAUUCUGAUUAAAAUGUCAAAUAAAUAUAUUUUCCACUUUUGUGGCAGGAAUUUCUCGGUCCUGCAUUUCGAGAAAUCUGCUGUUAAAUCAGAACAUUAACAGACUUCAGAUUGUAUUCAAAGACAUGUUACUUUGUAUCAUCUGUCACCAGGCAUGUGUUAACAGGGACUAUCAGACAGUUUAGUGGCAAGGAGAAAUAUUAAUCGGAUUGAAAUCCACAAUUCCCAAAAAACAGGUUAUGUAUACAGUUAAUGAAACUAAAAGAAAUAAAUUAUUUAUCCCUGCUCGAACACUCGAUGUUUGUCAUACUUUUUUGUCAUUUUGUUUUACUUUUGUGACUCCUGGUUUUCGGCUGAUUCAAAGAGGAAAACAAGAUUAACAGAUUAUCAGAUUAAUACGGUGGCUGGGAAGUGCAAAUCGCAACAAAUUAAAAAUCCGCAACAAAUUAAAAAUCCUUGACGGAAAGGGAUUGUCUGAAAUACCGGAAGUGACACAACGAUUAGGCUUACUCCAUAUUUGUAGCACAGAAAAGUGAUUUGUAGUCAGCUAAACACGGGAUGUCAACAAACGUCGAGAAACUCACUCCUCACAGCGCUUCCUUAUUACCCUGACGGUGCUCGCUGCACUACAUAGAGAACCUGAAAAUGUUUUGCCCGUUUUGUGGCGUAGCUUCAGCCUCUUCACCCCUUUUUGUGCUUCCUGUGGACGGUCUCUGGAGCUUUUGCGGGACACAGACCAGGCUGAAGGAUCAGACAACCUACAGUACUGCAUUCAAUAUUUCAACGAAGGUCACUCAUAUAGUGUUAUCGUGGACAUGAUGUUAAGUUUGCAUGGUGUAAAGAUGAGUUUAAGGAGUCUUAAAAGUAAACUCAAUAAUGCUGGACUUUACCGAAGAAAACAUUUUCACUCCAGAACAACGAUCAUUAACGCAAUCAGAGCGGAGCUUCAAGGACCUGGGCGAUUGUUUGGGUAUCGAACAAUGUGGCAGGUACUUAAACAAAAGCAUCAUCUUAAAGUGAAGAGGGAUGAUGUGAUGAAAAUACUCCGGGAGCUUAAUCCUCAUGGAUGCCAGAUGAGAACACGCAGAAGAUUCAUUAGGAGAACCUAUCAUUCGCUGGGACCCAACUACAUGUGGCAUGCUGAUGGUUAUGACAAGCUCAAACCAUUCGGUUUGGCCAUUUCAGGGUGCACUGAUGGAUUUUCACGCAAGGUUUUGUGGCUAGAAUGUGGACCAACCAAUAAUAAUCCAGCGUGAAUACUGGUGCCAAAAUUGUCCAGAAUUCUUUGUAGAAUUCUGCAGGGUAGCCGUCUGGACCUGGAGCCUUAUUAUUGGGCAUACUUAUCAGGGCUUCCUGGAGUUCACCUGGCGUCAGUGGCGAAUCCACUUGCUUGACUGUCUAGUAAUUUUGGAAGAGUUACGUUGUCAAGAAACUGAUAAAUUUCAUUUUUAGACGGGUUUAUUUGUGGUUGUCAAA